UCCGCCCUCCCCCCCCCCGCUUCCUCUCUAGCCGCUCGCGCUCUAUGCUCCGCGGUCGCGGGCGGCCCGCCGCCAGCCGGCCAGGGGGGAAGGGUGCGCAGAGGGAGGCGGGGCGGGAAGGCAAGAGGUGUCUCCUCCACCGGAGCGGCGGGAGACCCGAGUAGGCUCUGUGACAGCUCUUCGGCCGCCAUGUCAGCGAGCGGGGCUGGAAACACACCCGGCGCCCAGCCGUAGCCCUGUGUUCGCCUCCGACUCCCAGGAAGACAGGACUUUGCCAUUUACCAACAUCUUUUUUACAUACCUUAGUUUCAAGGACAGAGAGAAAGACAUGGACGGACUUGAUUGAAACUUAAAUGGUUCCACAAAAGAUGCUCUGAUGGAUGACAGCGGAACUCCUACAGAUAAUCUGCAGAUAGAGUCACAAGAUGGGUGUCAUCCCGGUGACGGCGUGGGAAGCAUAGGGACACGCUUGCCUUCUGCCUCGGAUGAAAAUGAAAAUCAGCUGGAUGGGGACGGGUGCGAGUGUCUGAGCAGUAGUGCCAGCGCCAUGGGCCAGCCUGAUGUGCUUGCCCAGGACAGUCUCAACAAUAACGAAAACUGCCCACCCAGCAGUGAGGUGGCUGUGUGCGAGAGCUCGGAAAACACUUCUUGUGAAAGCCCCAAGGAUGGGCAGGCCCUCAUGGGAAAGGACAAAAAAAUACCUGGAAAAAGAAGCCCGAGAGCCAAAAGAGGCACAACUAAGAAGAUACCACAAGGACUUUGUUCAGGAGAUGCUACACCUUUGAUGCGAGAAAAUACACUAAGUACAUCCACACAUGCUGUGAGUGAUGAAGAGUCCGCAGAAGUAAACGCUAAUGAUCAACCCGAAGCCCCAAAGCAAGUUCUUCAGUAUCUGUUCUCACUUAUACGAGGGGAAGUUGAGCAGUUGGAUUCCAGAGCACUCCCCCUCUGCCUUCACCAGAUAGCAGAGUCCUAUUUCCAGGAGGAGGACUAUGAGAAAGCAAUGAAAUUCAUUCAGCUUGAACGACUGUAUCAUGAGAAAUUGCUUGCAAAUCUCUCUGCCAUUCAAGAAGAGUGGGAAACAAAAUGGAAAACUGUACAACCACAUACAGUUACAUCUCUGAGAAAUUCAGAAAAAGGAUUUAAUGGUGAAGAUUUUGAACGGCUCACUAAGUUUUGCACAACACACCAAGAUCCUCUUUUAUCCAAACAUAAGGUAGCAGCUGUAGAAAAGCCUCUGGGAGGGAAAUGCUUUACACAGUUAAUAGUUUCUGAGGACCCGAGGGAAGGAGGAGCCACAGCCGAAGAGCCGGAGAGUGGAAGUUGUCUUGGCCCCGAGCCAAGGGGAGAAAGCCAGCGUCAAGAGAGAAGCCAGGAGAGCAGCCCGGGCUGUCACCCGAUGGACAGGCAGGCCGAGCCCCCGAGCCUGCUGGUAACUGCGGGGAAGCGCCACACGGAGGAGCCGCUGUGCGGCGCGGCGGCCGCGCGGGAGCUGUACGCCCCGCCCUGGCCCUCGGCCGGGAGCCGCUCGGAGGACGCCUGUGAGGAUGACAGCCGCCCGCAGCGGCCUCAGACGGAGGCCUGCCGCGAUGUGGCCGCAGCCGGAGGCCCCGCCGCAGCCCCCGCCGCAGCCCCCGCGGCGUUGCUCCCCAGUGAGUCCAUGCUAGAGCCGUUGACCUCACCCGGCUCUGACCUCUUAGCUCCGGCGCCCGCCUCCGAGGGACAAUAUUCCCGGACUCAAAGAAAGGGACUCCGUUUGCCACUUAAGGAUGCUCCUGAGGCGUUGCCCACGGACCGCCUUGAGAACAGUGACUUCAGUGAGCUGCAGCAACCUGAUCUCACAGACAGCGAUGGAAAAUCACCACGCGGGCCGCCGGACCCAGAGCGCUCCGAGAGGGCACUUCGUGAGAGUAAUCAAGUGUCUGACUUAAGUGCGGCGCGUCCAGAGGUGUGUAUGGCCCCCGAGGAGAGGGGGGGUGAGGACAAGCACGUCAGUAAAGAGACGGAAGACUAUUUGAACAGCCUGUUGGAAGGAUGCUUAAAAGAGACUGAAGACUCCCUGUCAUGUGAAGACAACCAGGAGGAAGACUCGGACCUUCUUCCAGAUCUUUCUCCUGAAGAAGCCUCCUACAGUCUGCAGGAGGAUCUGCCUUCCGACGAGAGCUGUCUUUCUCUUGAUGAUCUCGCAAAAAGGAUAGAGAUUGCAGAGGUUGUCCCUGCAGAAGGACUGGUCUCUAUAUUAAAGAAGAGGAACGAGGGUGUAGGAGACCAUCCUGCCCAGAUGCAGCAGAAACCAUCGAAACGAAGAGUGAGGUUCCAGGAGAUUGAUGAUGACUUAGAUCAAGAUGAAGUUGGAGGUGGUUCCUGUAUUUUACUGGUCUUGCUGUGCAUAGCAACGGUUUUCCUGAGUGUCGGAGGAACCGCAUUGUACUGCACUUUUGGCGACAUGGAGUCGCCCGUUUGUACAGACUUUGCGGAUAACAUGGACUUCUAUUACACUAAGUUACUGCAGGGAAUGGCGGAACUGAAACACUGGGUCUACCUCUCCUAGCAGCACUCAAGAGGCACAGGCAUGCUGGCAGUGAGAAUCAAAGAGUGAAACUUUCUAAACGGCUUUUAUUUUCAGAGUUCUGUAACAUGCAUCCCCUCCCCCCAGCGAGGAGCCCUGGACUUCCAGAAAUGGCAGCUUGAAAUGGUAAUCCAGAGGAGCUCUCAGAAUAACCCUGAGCAUUGUGGAUGGAAGGAACGGUCUUUGGAGAGCACAUCCACCCACUCCAUGCUACUUCCUAGGGGAGCGAGCUACGCCCAGCAGAAUCUCAAGGGCAUUGUUGGAGUUCCACCAUUUUUAGCUGCCUUGUCAAGCUAAUGGUUAAAGGACACUUGGUUUACAUUUGUUGGUCCAAAGACAUUGCUUCCAGCCAUCAUGCAAUAAGUUUGUGUAUAAUCAAAAGGAGUACCUUACGGUUUCAUUGUCUUUUUUUAGUUAACCUUGGGAACUGUGUAAUUUAGGCUUUGUGCAUUAUUUCCAGAUUCUGUUCUUCAUCUGUGAAAUGAUUGUGUGUGUGUGUAUGUGCGUGUGCGCACACGCGUGCAUGCAUGCAUGUCUGUUUCAGAUGGUUAUCAUAAGCAAAUACCCGACCCAGGGUAACAAAGAUGAUCUUUAUUUGAACCUGACUAUAAAUGUGUGGGCACAAAUAGAAGGCUUAACUGUGGAACAGAUGAGUGGUAGAAAUCUCGGCCCUGAAAUCAGACACUGUGAUAGAUCUGUGACAAUUAAUUUGAUUAACUAGCCAGAAAUUAAUCACAGGCCUAGAGGUAAAGAGGAAAAACUAAAGAGCUCCCUCUAAGUCUCAGGCACCCAGCUUCAUCAUGGAUUCAGUGCUUGCUGAGGAAUGUUGAGUGCUGGACUCACUUCUCAGUAGGUGAGCACGUUACUAGGUUCUGAGAAUCUAAGAACCAGAAUACAAAAAUCAAGAAGAUAACAGUUCCUGCUCUAGAUGUUUUAAUUCUGGUCUUAUGUAAAAUAAACUCCUACUUUGGCAAAUGAAAUUAAAUCACGAUAUAUAAUUCAGUAUUAAAAAUCACACAUUCAGAUGUUUGAAUGUGCAUUCAUAUCAUGGGCUUGAUUUAGACCUCUUAUGGGGCUGUUCAGCGAAAAUUCAAUCAUAUCUUAAAUAGGUACGUGUGUGAUUUUUGUUUCAAUCUGUCAGUUUGAUGGCAUUUCCUUUUCUAAGGUACAGUGGUCUAACAUUUAGAAAACCUUGCUUUGGCUUUUUAUAGCAUAGGCAGCCUUUUAACAGAGACAGAACACAUGAAUUCUAGUUUUUUAGCAAGUGACCAUUAUUUCAUGUUUUUUGUUAGGAUCGUUUGAAAGAAAAAGGGAGAAAUUACUUUCUAGUUGUUACUGGCUGGUACAGUACUUCCUGUGUGUUUCUGCUUAUUUAUUUAGAUUAUAUGAAUUUUAAAGGGCUUUUUGUAUAAGUUGGUAGUCUGUUGUUGAGCAUGCGUUCGGUUAUCCCAAUGCUACAUAUUGAAUUGCUAUGUACUUAGUGUUUUGAUUUUCUAUAAUUUCAGUUCAGUAUAUUUUUAGGUUGGUUAAUUUUUAAGUUGAUGUUUUAUUUUCACUUAUAAUACUGUUUGACUUGUCUCUAUCAUGUCACCAUAAACUGUAAUAUUUUCAAGAAUUAUAGAUCAAAAUAUUUAUUUAGAAGUGUACAAGAGAGUGAAAUUUAGAUUCCUUAUACUUAAGGCUGAUUUUAUUAGAGGAUUAUUUUAAUGUUCUAUUAUAAAUUUUAAGAAUUUGUAUUCAGAUGGUAUGUAAACUAUGUAAAAUGUUGAUGGUACUAUCUCACGUGGUUCUAGAAAAGAUAUUCUACCCAAAUCCGCUGUGAGGGGCAUCCCCAUCAGGGACAAACCUCUUCUGUUUAACCCUCGUGAUUUCUAGUUACAGGAAUUUGGUGGUGGGGAUUUCUGCCAGUUUUAUGUCAAGAUAAAUGAGAAUUUCCCUCCUGUUCACCUCUUUUAGGUCACUAUCGAAGUCCUAAAUACCAUAGCAUCACAUUUGCUGAAACUGAAGAUCUCACACUGGGGCACAAGGACUGAGACAGAAUAUGGGGUUCUCAGGGGCCCAGGGAGUGUCAGACAAACCGUGUGUGUCCUCACUGCUUCCCAGGGAAUGUGAGGUGAGCUCAGGAGCAUAUUGAUAUCUUGACUUGAAAUAAGCAUGAAAUCUCAACUAGAAAAAUUAGGGCAACUUUAAAAAAUGAAAUAGUCAUUUAUUGCAUGAAUUGGAGUAACUUCAUCUGGUGAUAAAAAAAAAUUAUCUCACGCGUAAAAAAUUCAUUCCAGUUUUACUACAAUGUCAUUUUUUCUGCCAUUUGAAAGUACUGACAACUCUUUGUAAUUAAUCUUCCCUAAGAACUGUAUUUGAGGGUAACAGAUCAAGCUUGUAAUUUAAAAUGACACCAACACAGCGUCUCAGAGAGUUUAUUUGAACCCUGGGAGAAAAACUGCUUUAAAGCGACAGUGUGAAAUGCUUUGAGAGGUUGGUCUGGCCCCACAAGCAGACGGCCGUCUAUUUUGGGAAGUCUAAGAGGUCCCUACGUGAAAGCUCUUCUGGUUCUAAAAGCCCUCCCCUAUCUGCCUGACACAGUAACUGAAAUUUACUCUAAAAACUCAUUCCUUCGGAUUUAAAAAUCAAAAUCCACUGGGCAGUGACUGUGUAUUAUAGAGGAUUUGAAAUUUGAAAGCAGGCCUUGUUUUGAAAGGACAGGUGUGAAUUGGGGCAUGCUGGGGCAGCGGUGCAGAGGGGGCAGGAAUUGAGAAGCGAACAAGGGAAGGUGGGGAAAGAACAAAGAAAUCCUUUGGCUGUUAACCCGCUUUGCUGAGAGGCUGGCCCGGUUCAAGGAGAGACUGAUUUUUGUCUUCCCACUGACGUGACCUGCCUAACUCUUGAGGAUUUCUGUGGGUUUAAGUAGUAUUAAUGCACCCUUGUAUACUUCCCCGUGCAGUGUAUAUAGUGUUUUCACAUGUAUUCAUGUGAUGGUUACAUCAUGAAACACACAUCGCUCAGUGCAGGUUUGUAUCUCCCCAAUCCCGUCUGCUUUCCAUACUGCCACGUUAUCUCCACCCUCAAAAAGAAUGAGAGUGAUCUAGGGUUGACGGCGCAAAUUCUAGUGCCAUCUGCUGUUUUAACAGCCUCAAAGAUCGACAUUUAUCAAGCCUCGUGCACUAGCCCUGUAAAAGCUACGGUAAAUUAAAAAUGUCCUGAAGGAUUCUAGGACAGUUUAACUCUCUCUGAGUUUAGGGUGCUGAGAGAAAAGGUAUCUCUUCUCCCUGGUUCUAACGGGAGUAACUGCUAAACUCAAUUUUUUGCCUGUUGCUCUGAGAUCAGGGCAGAACCACGAGCAGUGUGUCACUGUCUUGCACCUUGACAAAUGUAUGUAUGCCUGCCAUGUGCUUAGAGCUGGGUGCUGGAGCUCCAGGAACAAGAAAUCAUAGCAGCUUAAAGAAGUUAGUGUCUGGUGAGAUACAUGCAUUUGUGAAGGAGGAAUCAAAAUGAAGAAAUUGAGAGUCCUGCUACCCGUGGGAGUAGAAAAUUGAGUUCAUUCUCUCCUACCAGGUGUCAUGCACUAUAAGGAACAAAAGUAAAAUUCUAGGGGCUCUUGGGUGGCUCAGUCGGUUAAGCACCUGCCUUCAGCUCAUGUCAUGAUCCUGGGGUCCUGGGAUCAAGUCCAACAUCGGGCUCCCUGCUCAGCGGGGAGUCUGCCUCUCACUCUCUCUGUCUCUCUCUCUCCCUUUCCCCAUCACUCGUCCUCUCUCUCUCUCUCAAAUAAAUAAAUAAAUAAAAAUCUUUAAAAAUAAAAUAGAAUAAAAAUUAUGAUUUUUUUUUAAAGUAAAAUUCUAUCUAGGCUUCCUGCAUAGCAGCAUGAUAGACAGGAAUCUUUUCUCACAACCUAAGUUCUGGUAAUUAUUACUUUUCACUUAUAGUUAGUGUUUGUGGCAUUAAUAGCCGGUGGGCUUUCCAGCAGUAGAAAGCUUCUCCCUAAGAGCCUUCUUCAAAACUGAAAGCCUGAAUAGCACAAGUGAGAACCUCACAAAACUCCAGGUCCAGAAGCUUCCUCAGUAAAUUCUAUCAAUCAUUUAAGUGAGAAAUCAUAUCCAUCCUAUAAAACACCUCAGAAAGGAGAGUGUUUCAUGGGACAAGAUUACUCUGAGACCAAAACCAGACAAGACAAUAAGAUAGCUAAAGACCAGUAUCAUUCGUGAACUUAGACACAAAAUCCCUAACAAAUACUAGUUGAUCCAAUCUAACAAUAUACACAAGAGGUAAUACAGCAUCACGGCCAACUGAGAUUAAUCCUGGGAGUACAAUGUUGUUUUCACAUUAAAAAAUUACUCAAUAUAAUUCACCGUUUUAACAAACAAAGGAAAACCGUACUACCAUACCAAUAAGUGCAUGCGAUUCAUACACCAUUCAUGAUAAAAACUCUGAGCAAACUAGGACUUCCCUAACCUGAUCAAGGGCAUUUCCAAAAAACCCGCAGCUAAUACCAAAUACCUAGUUGAAAAGGACAAAUGCUUUUCUUUCUUUUCUUUUUUUUUUUUUUAAGAUUUUUAUUUAUUUAUUUGACAGAGAGAGACCGCGAGAGAGGGAAUACAAGCAGGGGGAGGGAGUAGGAGAGGGAGAAGCAGGCUUCCCGCGGAGCAGGGAACCUGAUGUGGGGCUCGAUCCCAGGACCCUGAGAUCAUGACCUGAGCCGAAGGCAGACGUUUAAUGACUGAGCCACUCAGGCGCCCCGACAAAUGCUUUUCUUCCUCAGGUCCACAACAAGGCAAAAAUGUUCAUUCUGACCACUUUUGUUCAGUGUUGUACGGGAUGACCUACUACGACAAGGCAAGAAAUAAAAGGCAUACCGACUAAAAAGGAUAAAAUAAAACUUUUUGCCAAUGA